AGGUUUUGCUGCCACACUCAUUAGGAACUCGUAUGAUGUCAGAAGAGUUGAGAUCACUCCCCUGGAGCAGAGGAAGGUGACUUUUGAUACCCAUACUCUAGUGCGGGAUCUAGAAGCCCAUGGUUUUGGGAAGGAGCAAGCGGAGACCAUCGUAUCAGCACUGAUAACCCUGUCAAAUGUCAGCUUAGACACAGUCUAUAAGGACAUGGUUACACAGGCUCAGCAGGAAAUAACUUUACAGCAGAUAAUGGCACAUUUGGACUCCAUUCGAAAAGACAUGGUCAUCCUGGAGAAAAGUGAAUUUGCAAACUUGAGAGCAGAGAAUGAGAAAAUGAAAAUUGAAUUAGAUCAAGUUAAACAGCACCUGUUGAAUGAAACUGGUAAAAUCCGAGCUGACAGCAAGCUGGACAUAAACCUGGAAAGAAGCAGAGUGACAGAUAUGUUUACAGAUCAGGAGAGGAAACUGAUGGAAGCCACUACAGAGUUCCAUAAAAAAGACUCAAGUACCAACAGUGUCAUUUCAGAAAUCAGUAAUAAAAUUGACACUGAAAUAGCUUCCUUAAAAACACUCAUGGAAUCGAAUAAACUCGAGACAAUACGUUAUUUGGCAGCCUCAGUAUUCACUUGCUUAGCAAUAGCACUGGGAUUUUACAGGUUCUGGAAAUAGAUCUAAAUGGAAUGACUGCACCAAGUACAGA